AUGUCACUCAUCAGUGACCCCGACUAUCUUAUUCAUUCCUUGCGGUUGAACUACCUUCGUAACGUGGGAGAUGUGUAUGGAGCGCGUCUGAUCUCGUUUGACCCCUCUUAUGACUCCAAUCCAUACGUCCUCGCAUCAGGUCUCGCCGACAUCGGAAAGUGGGAGGAGCUUGGUUUCCCAUCCAGCCCAGUACCCAGCGAUGAUGAAGCUGGCCCUAGCAAUCGCCCUAGUGGCUAUCCUCGAGCGACGGGGCUGAGAUACACGACCACGAUCAUGGGUCCUUCGCGCGUAGGUGCAAUGGGUCUCAGAGUUUCUGGGAAACGUGCUUCGGUGCUAAAGAGCUCGUAUCGACACUCUUUACGCUCUUUACGCUCUGAAAAAGACACUGCCAAUGUUAUCGCUGUAGACACUAAUCCGCCAGAGAAUAUGCCCAUCGGACCCGCAUCGGCACCCUCACCUGCCGUGGACGUUCUUCACUCCCCGGACAAGUCUACUGUAAUUAGUUCUGCUACAUCUCUCAAAUCGACCACACCAAUACAGGAGCAGAAGGAUCUACCGAAGGCGAUAUCUCCCGAAUUUCGACCUAAGUUCAAGGGUGCUGCGGAGAUGGAGGCGAGGCGAAGACAGCGCAUACUUGCUCGUGCUCGACCACCCCCUGUUGAUCUGCUCCCCAUCCCGACUGUUGAUACCAAACCAGACUUCUCAUCUUCAGAGUCUGAAUCUGACUUGGAGGAAGAGGAAGAGGAGGUCGACGACGACGACGGUGAAGCUGACGAGGAGGUGAUAUUAGAUGAGGACGAAGAUGAGGAUGAAGACUUCGACUUUGUUCCUCCCGAUAGCAGCAUCGAUAUGGAUGAGGACGUAUUUGAUCCGGAAUAUGCAGCAAGCCGUGGGCUAAGCAGUAUGAACACCAACUCUGACAGUGAUGGAGUCUCUAUCUUGUCUGGAGCGAACUCGCUCAUGUCAACAUCGGCCUCGGCAUCCUCCAUAAUUGCCUCAUCCAUGCAGCCCGGCAGUAGUGCCCGCGUCCGCAACCGCUUGAGUCCGGUUAGAGAGGGUCGCCACAGCGAAGAGCGAGCUAUUGAUAUCAUGCCGGAGCGUCCAGAGGAGUCGGCGCCGAUUGAAGUGGGCUUCGAUAUGGUGGUUCCUAUAUUCAAGAGGGACCAGCGCGCCCAGGUGUCGGAUAAGCCAUCUUCCAAUCUCGUUGGCGGAGGCAACGCUGAUACACAAGAUCUGUUCGCUCGUCGUCCCGUUUCUGCAAGACAGCCUGGAAAAUCUGCGUUAUCGACAAUGCUAGCUGAAUCUUCUAGUUCAUCUUCUUCCAAUCCCUUCACCGAGCUAUACAGCGCCAUCUCUGGGCGCUCUGAGUCGGAAAGCAUGGGCGUUAAUAUCUACUUCCCUCAUGCGCGCGAACCUGCUGGGCGUCAUCUGAAGUUGACAGUCAGAAACGACGCAUCAGUAGAAGAGGUUCUCGGCUUUGCGUUGUGGAGCUAUUGGGAGGAAGGUUGGCUUCCGAAAUUGGACGACGGUCUUUCAGGCGAAGAUGAUCCAAAAUGGGAAACACGCUGUUCCGCAGUCGGAUGGAUCUUGCGGAUCGCAGAGGAUGACGGAGAAGUCGACGAGGAUUUCCCUCCUCCUGAUCGUACUGGGAGAAUAUCUAAGUUCAAUUUUGAUGCCUAUGCUGCCCUCGAGGCCACUCCCGCCCAAGUUCAACAGAACAAAAUCCUAGAUGCCAAGAUUCAGCGUCGGUUAUCACGUAUCGUGAUAAAGAAGAAGAAAUCAACCGGGCUUCUAAACGCUACUAGCGGUGGUACUAUGUUGGCUCCUCCUGCUCUUGAUGGACUCUUAGGAAUAAGUGCUGGCAUGGGCUCAUUCGCGUCUUCUGUUGGCAUGUUCCCGAGCUCUCUUGGCCCAUCGAGCAGCCAUGGGCCCCCACAGUUCCUGAGAAUCAGGAUAGCUGACACCGUUGAUGCUGGACAUGUAUCGACGACUAUACCUGCAUCGAGUGGCAUGUACAUGGCCGAGGUCCUUGAUCAUGUCUGCCAGAAGCGCAAGCUGAUUGAUUCCAAGGACUAUGCGCUAAUUCUUGAUCUCAUUUCUGCGAAGGUAUACAUACCGCUCGAUCGAACAGUGAGAAGUUUGCAGGGAAAACGUGAUCUCAUUUUGGUGAAGAAGAAUAUGCUUCAGGCCUAUGGGGUGGAGAUGAGUAACGGAUCUGGUAGGACUACUGAUCCUAACGCCUCGAUCUUCGAAAGGAGCUCAGAAGUGCCGGAACCUUCAUUCAACUCCAUAUUCGACUACACGAACGCUUAUAGGGGUCGUCUUAUACAGAAAUACACUGUCUAUCGCAAGGUUCCGAUGCUGGUCACUCGCAGCGCUCGGGUUCUCGCCAUUGACGGAGGCUAUAUCCAUAUUAUGCCUAUGUCUAACAAGGCGAAACAUAUGUUCGACAGCGGCAAGACACCCUCUUAUCACUUGAAGAGCGUAGUGAACUGCCAGCAGUCUAGUAAGAACAGCUCGGCUUUCAAGUUAAUCGUGCAUACUACUGCCGAAAGGAAUAAGCGAUACGACUUUGAGGCUGAGAGUCCCAAAAUAGCUAGUGAGAUCGUCCAAACAAUCCGGGCCUUGAAGUUGGCUAUGGAGCGACCGGGGACGAUGAAGCAAUCGCGCAGGAGUCGGCAUGUCAGCUGA